GCCUAUUUUUACAGGGGAUACAUCGAUAUUAUAUCGCAAUGGAAUAGCUAAUCUAGCCUACUUUCAUUGGUGGAAAUUGCUGUUAAAGUUUGGAUAGACUAUCGGAUACAUGUUUAUUGAGAGAAAUAUUUAUAACCUGCACAGAAAUGAUGUGAUUACAAUCGCGUAGCAUUCGUCUGUCAUAGGGUGAUACACACAAACAAUGCAACUAAUCCUUCAGAGAGAAAAAAGACAAAUGUUCAAACGUGUUUUCCUCAACGAUAGCGCCGCAGCCAUGAACGCGCGACGCGCCCCCGUACUGAGCCGAAUGGAAAAGUUACUGGGGGGAGAGUGAGUGAGAGCAGGAUCCAUCCUCGUCGCCAUUACCGACUGGAAUGAGAGGGGAGGGAGCCAGUCUCGGAUUACAUGCCACUAAUAUAGUUAAAUUACAAGAUAAAAACACUUUUUAAAGAUUUCUUAGGAACUAACGUUUUUCGUGGUCACAGUAUGCCAAGGAUAAUGUUUUAAAGGCGAAUCCGUGGAAAUAAAAGAAGACACUUGGAAUGAUAUCUCUUUUCCGUAGUGUCGGGAGCUGGGAGCGACCAUGUUAGGCAGGUGAUAAAAGAGGGGGAGAAGCAACUGCCCCACACGACAGGGGAGAGGGAUCUGCCUUUUGACUCAGAGCCAUGGAAACUGCACCUUAGCAGAACAAAUGGAAACACAUCUAUACCCUGCAGGAAAUCUUUGCUGAGACUGUUAAGGCAAUGACAGGGGGAAUAUAAUGGCCAAGAACAAGGAGGCCCGCCCCCCAACCUAUGCUGUGAGCGUAGUUGGGCUGUCAGGGACGGAGAAGGAGAAAGGCAACUGUGGUGUGGGCAAGUCCUGCCUGUGUAACCGAUAUGUGCGCCCCAGCGCGGACGACUACUAUUCAGAGCACACUUCUGUGUUGAGCACAAUUGACUUUGGGGGACGUGUAGUAAACAAUGACCACUUCCUGUAUUGGGGGGAGGUGUUGCACCGAGGCGACGACUGCCUCGAGUGUAAAAUACACAUCAUUGAACAGACGGAGUUCAUUGACGAUCAGACUUUCUUGCCUCACCGCAGCACAAACUUGCAGCCCUACACAAAGCGGGCCGCAUCCUCGAAAUUGCAGUCUGCCGAGAAGUUAAUGUAUAUUUGCACAGACCAGCUGGGCCUGGAGCAGGACUUUGACCAAAAGCAGAUGCCUGAUGGGAAGCUGAGCAUGGAUGGCUUUGUGCUCUGCAUUGAUGUAAGCAAGGGAUGCAAUAGGAAAUUUGAUGACCAGAUGAAAUUUGUCAAUAGUCUUUACUCACACAUGGCGAAGACGAAAAAGCCCAUCAUUAUUGCUGCAACAAAAUGUGACGAGUGUGUAGAGCAAUAUCUGCGGGACCUUCAGUCGUUUGCCGCAAACAAAAAGAAUCUUUUGGUGGUUGAGACCUCCGCUCGGUCGUCUGUGAACGUUGACCUCUGUUUUAACGCUCUGAUUCAGCAGAUGGACAAAACACGGGGGAAACCCAAAAUCAUCCCAUAUUUGGAGGCGUACAAAGUCCAGAGGCAGUCAGUCGCUACAGUGUCAGACAAGUUUGAAAAGCUUAUAGUGUCAACAGUUCGCGAUUAUCAUACUACCUGGAAGGCAGUUACCAACUCGUUGAAAAACCAGCCUGACUAUGAGGAGUACAUCAACUUGGAAGGCUCCAGAAAGGCCAAGAACACAUUUUCCAAGCACAUUGAACAGCUCAAGCAAGAACAUAUCAAGAGGAGGAGAGAGGAUUAUCUCUCUAGCCUGCCAAAAAUUCUUAAUAACCUGCUAAAUAACCUUGAUGAAAUUGAAGGUCUGAGCUGGUCAGAGUCACAGAGUCUCAUGAGAACACGUCCUGAAUUUCAGUACUGGUUUAUUGUGCUGGAGCAUGGCCCCUGGGAUGAGACAGACCACAUAGACAAAACUGACAGGAGGGUGCCUUUUGAUAUCCUCAAAACUGGGGAAUCCGAGAGGAUAUAUCAAAACCAUGUCCAGCAUUUGAUCUCUGAGAGGAGGCGGAUUGAGAUGAAGGAGAGGUUCAAGUGGACCCUGGAGCGGGUGCACUUCAUCAGCCCAGGGCAGCCAUGGGACGAGGUCAUGUGUUUUGUCAUGGAGGAUGAGGCUUACAAGUAUAUCAGUGAAUCUGAUCGCAGAGAUGUUUACAGCCGCCACCAGCAGGAAAUAGUUGAAAGGGCCAAAGAGGAGUUUCAGGAAAUGCUUUUUGAGCACGCAGAGCUAUUUUAUGAUCUGGAUUUAAAUGCCACCCCAAGCUGUGACAAAAUGAGCGAGAUCCACACUGUACUUAACGAGGAACCCAGAUACAGAGCCCUACAAAAACUUGCCCCAGAUAGAGAGUCAUUGUUGCUGAAGCACAUUGGCUUUGUCUAUCACCCCACUAAGGAGACUUGUGGUCAAGGCUGUGUGGAUCUGAAAGUUGAGCAGGUCCUCGCAAACAGACUUGUUCAGCUGGACCACGGCCGCUCCAAUCUCUACUACAGUGCCAACUUUGAUAAGAUUAAUUUGUGUCUCGUGGGAAGGGAUGGGCUCGCUCAAGAGCUGGCAAAUGAAAUCAGAGCGCAGUCAACAGAUGAUGAGUACACUCUAGAUGGUAAGAUCUAUGAGCUAGACCUCAUGCCUGUUGAUGGGAACUCAUUGCUUUUGAGCCAUCCCUGGGCACCAACCUUCAAACCUCAUGGGUGUUUCUGUGUCUUCAGCUCCAUCGAGUCGCUGAAUUUUAUUGGUGACUGUAUUAGCCGAAUCAGGGCAGAGAUUGCACAUAGCCGGAGAGACAGAUCUGCCCAUCCAAUGCCAUUCAUUUUAAUCCUGGCAAAUCAGAGGGACAGUGUUUGCAAAAAUAUGCCCAUCUUGAGGCAUCAGGGCCAACAGCUAGCCAAUAAGCUACAGUGCACCUUCAUAGAUAUACCCUCUGGUACCUUUCCGAGGAAAUUCAACGAGUCCCAGAUUAAACAGGCUCUCAGAAGUGUUCUGGAUGGACUAAAGCACAACUUUGAUGUGAGUCCCAUGCCCUCCAUCAAAGACCUGUCUGAGACCGAUCUGCGGAUCGUCAUGUGUGCCAUGUGUGGAGAUCCAUUCAGUGUGGAUCUCAUCCUUUCGCCUUUCUUGGAUUCACAUUCCUGCAGUGCUGGUCAACCUGGUCAGAGCAACACCUUAAUCCUCGACAAAAUCAUUGGCGACAGUCGCAGGCGAAUACAAGUCACUGUUCUCUCAUACCACUCCUCAAUUGGCAUCCGGAAGGAUGAACUGGUCCAUGGGUACAUUCUCGUCUACUCUGCCAGGCGGAAGGCCUCAAUGGCCAUGCUUAGGGCAUUCUUGGCCGAGGUCCAGGAUGUCAUCCCAGUCCAAAUGGUGGCUAUCACAGAUAGCCAGGCUGACUUUUUUGAGAAUGAUGCCAUCAAAGAGCUGAUGACUGAGGGUGAGCAUAUUGCCACUGAGAUCACAGCAAAGUUCACAGCACUGUACUCCCUGUCCCAGUACCACCGACAGACAGAGGUUUUCACACCAUUUUUCAACGAGGUGCUUGAGAAGAAAACCGGCAUUGAGAGCUCAUUUAUGUUUGACAGCAGCCGGGACGGAACAGGUGCGAGUGAAGACUUCUUUCCCCAAUCGCCCCACAGCCACUCACCUGCCUACAACUACUAUCCUGACUCGGAGGAUGACGCAGAAGGACCCCCGCCUUACAGCCCCAUUGGGGAUGACGUUCAGCUUUUGCCCACUCCCAGCGAACGCACCAAGUGCAGGAUAGACCUAGAGGGGAACGAGUACCCUAUCCACAGCACACCUAUGGGUGACCAUGAGCGCAACCACAAAGUGCCUCCCCCUGUAAGACCCAAGCCUGUCCUUCCCAAGCCCAAUGUCAAGAAGCUCGACCCAAAUCUGCUCAAGACCAUCGAGGCUGGCAUGAGGAACACCCACAGGAGAGGAAUACGAGGCCCCAUUGGCCAUGGCGAUGAUCUUGAAGCGUCUGACAACUACGCUGAACCGGCUGAUACUCUCAAGUCAAAAGGAUUCAAUGAUGACAUCUAUGCUGUGCCAGAGGACGCCCAUAGUCGGAUUGUCAAGAUGCGCAAUUCAUUUGGUGGGCUCCACGUUCUACAUGGAGAAGAAGAGAACGGCUUUGACCGCUUAUCUAAGGCACAGGGCAGCAGGAGGCCCUCCAAGUACAAACAUCGGUCCAAGAUACUCUUCAGCAAGACAAAAGCCUACCAGAGGCGUGUCCAACUAGACAUCAGUGAUGAUGAGUCGGGGCCUUCUCACAGGAAGAGGAAGGGGGGGAGGGGAAAUCGGGGUAGCGAGGAGGACCCCUUGCUCUCCCCAGUGGACCCCUGGAAGGGAGGAAUAGACAACCCGGCCAUCACUUCUGACCCUGAGCAGGAUGACAAGAAGAUGAGGAAGAAGAAGACACAAAAGGCACCGAAGGAACCUAAAAAGACAAAACAGACAAAGCUCGCCAAGCCUCUGUACCCACCAACACGGAGGAACUGGGAAAGCCACUAUUUCGGUGUACCCUUGCAGAAUCUGGUCAUGCCAGAUCGGCCUAUCCCCUUAUUCAUUGACAAAUGUGUGGACUACAUUGAGCGCACUGGUUUGACGACAGAGGGGCUGUAUCGAGUGAGCGGCAACAAAACGGACCAGGACAACAUCCAGAAGCAGUUUGAUCAAGACUACAGUAUAGACCUGUUUGAGAUGGAUGUGGCUGUGAACGCAGUGGCUGGAGCCCUGAAGGCCUUCUUCGCCGACCUGCCUGACCCCCUCAUCCCCUACCACCUACACCCCGAGCUGGUGGAGGCAGCCAAAAUCGUGGACCACAUAGAGCGACUGCUAGUGCUGAAGGAGAUUGUGAGGAAGUUCCCGCAGGUGAACUAUGAAGUGUUCAAAUACGUCAUCACUCACCUGAACAGGGUAAGCCAGCACAGUAAGACCACCCUGAUGACGGCCGACAACCUCUCCAUCUGCUUCUGGCCUACGUUGAUGCGGCCGGACUUCGAGAACAAGGACACGCUCUCCACCACCAAGCUCAACCAGUCUGUCAUCGAGUCCUUCAUCCAGCAGUGCCAGUACUUCUUCUACGGGGGCGAGAUGGUGGAGACGUCCAGCAACGAGGGCACGCCGCCGCCACACGGCCACGGCCUGACGGAGUCGCUGCUCGCCCUGCAGCUCCCGCCGCCUCUCCAGCCUCAGCAGAUCCAGCACCAGCACCAGCUGCAGUCCGACCCCCUCAUGUAGAGAACCCCC